AUCAUCGGACCUAUAUUUCUUUUUGUUAAUCUGUUUGGAUAAUGAUCCUUUUAAAUAGAUUUUUUUUAUUUAAAAUUCUAUUAUUUACUUUCCUUGUUUUACUCAAAAGACAAUUGGAAAGAAAGACCGAACAUUAUAAUUAUCUUUGAAGAAGUUCUGUUUUAUAAAUACUCCAUACCUUGGACUUUUAUUUCAUCAUCAUCUUCUUCUUCAGGUUCUGCUCCAAUGGCAGUCGGAUUUGAUGUAUCUGGUGCCACAACAAGUGUAUACAAUGGAAGGAUGACAAUCUUUGUGGUCAUGUCCUGCCUGAUGGCAGCCAUGGGUGGCCUUAUUUUUGGCUAUGACAUUGGCAUCUCAGGUGGUGUGACAUCUAUGGAAUCAUUCUUGAAGAAAUUUUUCCCAGUAGUAUAUAGAAAAAUGAAGGAAGACUCAACCACAAGUAAUUAUUGUAAGUUUGAUAGCCAGCUUUUGACAGCUUUUACAUCUUCACUCUACAUUGCUGGUUUGAUUGCUUCCUUUCUGGCAUCUUGGGUCACUCGGGCAUUUGGCCGGAGAACAUCGAUGUUCUUUGGUGGAGUUGCUUUUCUCAUUGGUUCUGCAAUCAGUGGUGCUUCUGUUAAUGUUUACAUGCUUAUUCUUGGUAGAGUUUUUCUUGGCAUCGGUGUUGGCUUCGCAAACCAGUCUGUUCCAUUGUACCUGUCUGAAAUGGCACCUGCACGAUACCGAGGCGCAUUUAGCAAUGGCUUUCAAUUCAGCAUUGGUGUUGGAGGUCUUACUGCAAACUUAAUCAACUAUGGAACUGAAAAGAUAAGACAAGGCUGGGGUUGGAGGCUUUCAUUGUCUUUGGCUGCAGUUCCUGCUACUCUUCUCAUCAUUGGUGCACUAUUGCUCCCUGACACUCCUAACAGUCUACUCCAACACAAAAUCGAAAUUGACAAAGCAAAGCAACUUCUUCAGAGAAUACGUGGCACCGACGACGUUGAUGAUGAGCUCAAUGAUCUCAUUAAAGCAAGUGAGAUAUCCAAAACCAUGCGCCACCCUUUCCGAAAGAUCCUUCACCGUGAGUAUCGACCUCAACUAGUGAUGGCAAUCGCAUUACCGUUCUUCCAACAAGUCACCGGCAUCAAUGUUAUAGCAUUUUAUUCUCCGGUCUUAUUUCGAACCAUUGGUCUUGGUGAGAGUGCUUCACUUAUGUCGGCCGUAGUCUCCGGAGUCAUAGGCAUGGUUUCAACUCUUAUUUCAAUGUUUGUAGUAGAUAAAUUCGGAAGACGAACACUUUUUUUGAUCGGAGGAUUUCAAAUGUUUGUUACACAAGUUAUGGUAGGGGGAAUAAUCGCGGCGAAGUUAGGAGAUCAAGGAGGAAUAAGCAGAGGAUAUGCACUUCUUGUGUUGAUCUUGAUUUGUAUUUAUGUGGCCGGUUUCGGGUGGUCUUGGGGGCCGCUUGGGUGGCUUGUGCCAAGUGAGAUAUUCCAAUUGGAAAUUCGAUCGGCCGCGCAGAGUAUUACCGUCGCCGUGAGCUUCGUAUUCACCUUCGUCAUCGCGCAAAGUUUUCUUGCAAUGCUUUGCCAUUUGAAGGCUGGAAUUUUCUUCUUUUUUGCAGGAUGGUUGAUUAUUAUGACAGCAUUUGUGUGCUUGUUGCUGCCAGAGACUAAGAAUCAACCAAUUGAGCAAAUGGAUAGAGUUUGGAGAAAACAUUGGUUCUGGAAAAAAUUUUACUGAUAGUUAACUUCUUAAUGUUUUUUGUUUUCUUGAAUUUUUUUUUUCAGAGAGUUUGUUGGGAUUUAAUUAAUUAAAGGUUUUUGCAAUUUUCUUCUCUCUGAAUUAAGAAAGGGGACAAAAAGAGUAGUAACACAAUGCAAUUUAUCUUUCCAUUUGA